GUCUUGGUUGAGUUUGUCUUGUGGUUCUGUACAACUGGAAUGACUUAAGUGUGCCUGAAAAACUAAAUUCGGAGAAUAAAGUCCCCCUUCGUAUCUUUCGGCCAGCCUUCAAAUUUUCCCCGCCUUCACCCUAAAUGCUUUCCUGCUUUACCGUUUAACUUAACGUGAAUAUGGCGGCAAAGGAGACUGUAAACAGUUACCAAGUGAGCGUUGAAUCUGUCGUGAACGGCUGGCUAGUGGAUUAUUACUUCUUUUUGGCAGUAGAGUUCUUUAAAAAUGAACAAUACGAGGAUUUCUGUGCCAUUAUAGAUAUACUCGACUGUAUUAUGGCGCGCCCUUUGGAGUCCACGGAUGACAUCGCAAUGAAAUUUCGAGUGUUGCAGUUUAUAUCCCGGAUAAAUGAGGGUGAAAACCUUGGUGUUUCAUUUGAAAUGGAUGUGCCCUCAACUCCUCUGGAAUCGGCCUUAAUGUUACUGGAAAAAAUAAGCCAGGAAUUCAGUAUCCCACAGCAGGAGUAUGAAAAGGUGUCCUCUUCUCUUAAAGAUAUGAUUGUGGGGAUUUUCAUCAAAAACAGUAAGUUUGAGAAAGCAGAAGAGGUGCUGAUGAAACACUUUCCUCCCAAAAAUAUCGGAAAGAGAGCAACAUUCAUGGGUCUCAUCAGGAAAAAGAAUAAGAUUCAUGAAGUCAUUGAGCAAAUCAACUUUCAGCACUUCAAGGAGGAGAUGCUUACGUUUUGCCUGAGGAUCUGCCACUUCAGCCUUCCUCUUCUUCAUAAGGCUGCAAAACAUCUCAUUGAUAAAACCCUUGUGGAUCAAGACAGCACAGCAACUGAAAGUGAUGAACAAGCUGAACCUCAGCCAUGCUCAAGUUCACAAAUAGCCACUGUCCAGUUUGUACCAUGUACACAUUCACUUAUCCUGAAGACCAGGCUAGAAGCGGCCUACAAAUCCCUGGCUACAGGUUUAAAUAAAAAAACAUUUGCUCAGUUGGAGGAAGAAGUAGACAGAGAGGAGCUGGAAAGAGAAAAUUUUUGCAAACAGCUUUCCAUGACUUCAGAGAGGUGCACAAGUGUGGACUUGGAGGAACGGUUAUUUCAGAGAGACUCAGGAGGCCCUAUGGAAGCUUCACCCGCAGACCAACCAACACAAGCAAAUGCCAUUCCUCCAAGUUGGGCAGAUUUACACUUAAAGAAUCCCAUUGUGCUGUGUAAAAGAGAGAAUUACACUGUGUCUCGGCUAGUGGUGGAACCAGACAGUCAGGCAAGUUCACGCUGCACAACCGCUUUAGAGGAACUGGAACCUGAGGUCAGAAGGAAAAGAACACCACAGACACUGUCUGCAUCUAAUGAAAAAGACCGUCAGUGUCGGGGAACCGACAAAAAAAGUGCCACGCCCACCCGAAAGAGACACAUUCAAGCCAACAGAACUCGCACCAGGAAUCAGGAUAAUAUGGACGUCAGCCGUACCACAUCUUCUUCAGUGGAGAGCUCACCAAGUGAGUCACCUUCUCAUCCUGUCCGACAAAAAACCUCCACUCCUUACAAGGACUCUGGUCAAAACAAAAGUCCUCGUCUUUUAAAAUGGAAGCAACUGUACCAUGAUGCAAAGGAGAGCAAGGGCGACGAAGAGUCGUAUGUUACCCCUAACAAGAGCGGCUCAGACAUGAGCACCAUUUCAAAUUCAGGCCAAAGGAAAAGGAAAUGGACAGAGAGUGAGACGCAGAAGUUAAAAGACGGGGUCAAAAAAUUUGGAGAGGGCAACUGGUGUAAGAUAAAGGAACACUACGGCUUCAAAGAUCGAACAAAUGUCAACCUGAAGGACAGGUGGAGAACAAUGAAGAAGUUAAAUAUUGUCUUUCUGCCUCUAAAGAAUUGGAAUGAAGCGCCACCUGACAAGCUAAACCCGGAGAUUAUUAACCCAACACUCCCUAUGAAUAUGGCGGAAAAAGAAAACGUAAACAGUCGCCAAUUUGAUACUGAAUCCGUGGUGAACCGCUGGGUAGUGGAUUAUUAUUUGUUUUUGGCGCUAGAGUUAUUUAAAAAGGAACAAUAUGAGGAUUUCUGUGCCAUCACAGAUGUACUCGACAGUGUCUUGGUUCGUCCUUAUGGGCCCAUUGAUUUCAUGCCACAAAAGAUUCAAGUGUGGCGGUUUCUUUGUCGGAUAAAUGAAGGUGACAAACUUGCUGCAGACACGUCUUCUCAGUCAGUAUGUCCUCUGGAAUCAGCCCUAAUGUUGCUGGAAAGUAUGAGCCAGGAAUUCAGUAUCCCACAACAGGAUUACAAGAAUGUAUGCACUUCAAUUAAAGAAAUGAUUAUAAUGCUUUCUAUUAAGAAUGGAAAAUUUGAGAAAGCAGGAAAGGUGCUGAACAAGCACUUUACCAAGAAGAUGGAUGGCAGGAGAAUGCUGUUCAUGGGUCUCAUCAGCAAGAAAAAUAAAAAGCAUGAAGUAAUUGAGCAAAUCAACUUUGCACGGUUCAAGAUGGAGAUGCUGGCUUUUUGUGAAAGGCUCUGCCCAUCAAGCGUUCCCUUUCUCCAAAAGGCUGCAAAUCAGCUUAUUCAGGAAAAGAAUAAGGAACAAGACAGCAGUGCAGCUAGAGCUGAUGAGCAAGUCCAACCGGUCCCCUCUUCAAGUCCACAAAUAAACAUGGUCCAGUCUGUACCGUGCAAGCAUUCAACUAUCCAGAGGACCAGGCUAGAAGCAGCCUACAAAGCCUUGGCUACAGGAUUAAAUGAGAGAAUGUUUUCUCAGCUGGAAGAAGAAGUGGAGACAGAGGACCAGGAAAGCGAGCAUAUGUGUCCGCAACUCUCACCUGAUCCCAAAAUGGACACCAGUUUGGACUUGGAGCAGGAAGUGUUAUUUCAGAGAGACUCAGGCAGCCCCAUGGAAGCUUCACCGGCAGAAAAACCACCACAAGCAGAUGCUGUUCCACAAACUCAGGAAAGUUCGCUCUCAAAGACAACUUCUGUGCCAUGGAACAGACAGCUUCACACUCUGUCUCGGCUGGUGAUGGAACCAGAUAGUCAGGCAAGUUCACAGUGCUCAAAGGUUUCAGAGGAACUAGAGACCGAGGCCAGAGUAGAAGAGGCACCACAGACACUGGCUCUGUCAAAUAAAACAGACUCACAGUGUCCAGUUACUGACCAAGAAGUUUCCAUACCAGCACCAAAACGCCACAGAAGGACCAACAGAAUUAACAGGAGAGUUUCAACUAGUUUUGCUGAGUUGUCAGCAGAGAGUGAGGAGGACUCUCCUCAUUCUGCGGCCAGCACGGCAGUUAGUGUGAAACGUCAUAACCAGUCCAGUAGUUCACCCACCAGAAACAUCAACAAGUCAAAACAGUCGUCAUCAGACAGUGAAGGAGAACCACAGAAGCUCUCAGAGCCUUCAGUGAAGGUCUCUCCCAGUCUGCUCCCUCUGCACCCUGUUCCUCAGACAAGCUCCACUCCUCACAAGGAUUCUGCUCUACUCAGCAACAACUCCUAUUCAAAGAAAAAGUCUAAAAAGUCAAUACGGUUAUCGUCAGACAGCGAGGAAGACCCGAAGGAGCCUGUGACCUGCAAGAAAACUCCAGUACAAAAGCCUCAUAAGCAGCUGUCCAGUGAUCCUGUGGACAAUCAAGUGAAUCGAGAUGAUACGGAUGACAUCCAUAUUACAGACUCUUCAGUGGAGAGCUCGCCAAGUCAGUCCCCUUCUCACCCAAUCCCACAAACGAGCUCUACUCCUCACAAGGACUCUGCUCAAAAGAACGUCCAUUCCCCUUCAGAAUGGAAGCAACGGUACCAUAAUGCAAAGGAGACCAAGGAGGUAUGGAGCGACGAAGAAUUGUAUUUUACCUCCAAAAAGAGAAGCUUAGACAUGAGCACCAUUUCAAAUUCAGGCCAAAGGAAACGAAAAUGGACAGAGAGUGAGACACAGCAGUUAAAAGACGGGGUCAAAAAAUUUGGAGAGGGCAACUGGAGCAAGAUAAAGGCAUAUUACAAAUUCAAAGAUCGAACAAAUGUCAACCUGAAGGACAGGUGGAGAACAAUGAAAAAAUCAAAUGUCGUCUGACUCACCAAAGCCUUUUUCAUUUUAUCCCAUCUCCAUUUAUUUGUUUUGGUUUCCUUAACAAGUUACUGAACAUUAUAAAAGCCACUUUAAAAUUUUGUAAAUGUUGAAUGUUUGUGGGUCAAAGAUUGUUUUGUUUUUUAGGAAGGGAUAACAGAAAUUGCAGUAAUAGUGACUAUUGUAGCAUCUCUGCAGCCCUAAGUAACAAACCCACUCGUUGAAUUGAUACAGAGAUGGGAAUAGCUUUAAAAGUCAGUAUGUUCUCUCAGUCUUAUGAUCUCGGAAAAGCAGAACAGACCUUUAAUUAAAGAUAUGAAAGCUGCAAAAUAUCCAUAUAGCUAAGAUCUACAAGUAACUUUUUCCUCCCACACAAACUAUUUGUAAAAAAAAAAAAGAAGAAGAUUUAAAUUUAAAUAAUACAGAGAUGUGGAUUUAUUUCAAGAUUCAAGUUACAAAAAACAUACACACAAAAACAACCCUUCUCAUUUAAUACAACAGGGAGGGGACAAACCAGGAAAUUCUGCAAAUGGCAGAAGUGAGUCAAUAGACAGAUUGUUUGUUUUAGCCUCUGGACUGUAGGGAAGUGUUCCAGGUAUAACAGCUGCUCGUGAAGUAGGAACUUUGAUCAGAUCAUGUUCACUAUAAAAUGUUGAGCAGCUAAAAGCUGAACCUUUGACUUUGAGUGAGUGUUACUGUUAAAAAUAAACAGUUUGACAGUC